AUGUUUUCAUCGCUGCGGCUGGCCGCUUUCGCUUUCACCUCUCUUCUUCUUUCUUCUUCUGUUCUCGGUCUUACGAUUCCGACAAAGAGGGCUCAACUUUGCAAUGGUCAUUCAGAACUUUGCGAGCGGAAAUAUGGGAACACGACCUUCCUGGGAUCGCACGAUUCGUUUGCCUUCAGCGGCAAUCCCUUUGCUUUGGCAAGGACCCAGGAAGUUGAUAUUGAAGCUCAGUUGACCCUCGGUGUUCGCUUGUUGCAGGCUCAGUCCCACAUGAAUGGCAAAGAUCUCCACUUCUGCCAUACCACUUGUGGCCUCUUCGAUGGUGGCAAAGUCGAGGAUUACCUCAACAAAGUCAAACACUUCCUCGACAGACACCCCAACGACGUCCUCACUCUCAUCUUCACCAACCCUGAGAGCGUCUCCGUCUCGAAGGUCUGGAAACCCAUCUUCGACAAGACCGGCUUCACGGACAUGGCCUAUGUCCCUCCGCAGCCCGUCAUGUCGCGCGAGGACUGGCCUACCCUGGGCGAGAUGAUCGAGUCGGGCAAGCGUGUGGUCAUCUUCCUUGACCACGGUGCAGACAGUCGCACUGAGCCAGACGUCGAAUUCAUCCUGCCUCAAUUCCAGAUGGUCUGGGAAGAUAAGUACGAUCCCACGAACAGCAAAUUCCCUUGCAAGGUCGACCGCAGCCAGGGCCCGCUUGCUCCGAGCCAGCAGCUAAACUUGAUCAACCACAAUCUUAACACGAACAUCUUCCCCAUCGGCCGCGGCAUCCUCAUCCCUGACCGGCUUGACAGCCCACGUACCAACAGCAUCGAGGCGAUUGCCUCCCACUCCUCCCACUGUGCGCAGUACGUCGAGGACCGCAAGCCCAACUUCGUCCUCCUUGACUACGUCAAUGUCGGCCAGGGCAUGGCGGCUGUCGACAGGCUCAAUGGCUUCUCGUAUUGA